ACGAUUCCAGCGUAUACAAAAUCUUCUCUGCCUUGCAUUGACAUCUUCUUGGCAAUUCGCAUAAGUCUGAUUAGAUCUUUGGUGAUAUUCGUUCUCAGGCUUCCCAUCAUGCUGCUUCUUUUCAGUCUUCCCGCAUUGGCCUUGUCACAAGGCUUGAGUUUGCCACCACCUCGUGGACCCUACAAUGUUGGUUCAAAAGAACUUGGGCUACACCACACUACUUUAAACGACCCAUCUGCCCCAAACAACAUCGGAGACUCUUUGCUAGUCACCAUCUACUAUCCCACCCGUGACGCUGCUCCACUCCAAAAAUAUAUGUGGGAUGGCUUAGCUGCGUACUAUGAAGAUUUAUAUCAGAUUGCGCCCGGAAGUUUUGGAAACACAACGGCCAACAUUGCCUACAAUGCUACCCCCGAAGCUUGUGGGCUUCCCACCCUGUUAUUUGGGCCUGCAGGUGCCGGACCUCCCUCACAGUUGUUUUUCGGUUUAAUUGCGGACUCUGUAAGCAUGGGGCAUGCAGUGGUGACUGUGGACCAUCCGUACGAACAACCUUAUGUUAGGUUCCCAAAUGGCACAGGCAUCAAGGGUCAUGGAGUAGAAUGGAUUGACAAUUUACCCUUGGCGGAGGAAGUGCAUGCUUAUCGUCUAACCGACAACUCGGCCGUACUCGAUACGCUGCCCGCACUGGCAGCUGAGUUGAAUAUGCCGCUCAACUUAACACACUACAUACUUUUUGGUCACUCGCUAGGCGGCAGUGUUUCGGUCGGCCAGGAACUAAUUGAGCGAAAUCGCACAGCUUCUGCAAACAAAACUUUUAUGGGCGGCAUCAACUUCGACGGUACUAUUUUCGCUCCUGCCGACAACAAUCAUACAGGCAUUGCCAUGGAUGCACGAAUGCCGACCCUGUUGACCGGCUCUUCCAUGCGUUUGAAUGGGCAGGAACUGUCUUGGUCACGCUUUUUGUCUGCGCAAAGCAGCUGGCGAAAGUCCAUAGUCUUGAGCGGGAGCGUAAAUCACACUGAUUUCUCUGAUCUUGUUUUCAUGAGACAAGCAAACGGAAUUUCUGGGGGUGAGGGGGCAAUCACUGCAACGCGACUUCUCGAGAUCUCGAGAACGAUUGUGGGCGAUUUCAUCGGACUUGUAACUGGGAGCGGAGAAGGCAUUUUGAGCGGGAAUGAAGAAGUAGGCGAAUCAUUUCCGGAGCUUCAUUUCACUUUCAAUGGGACCGGUGAACCCUAA